AUGCGCGGCAGCAGCACGGGAGCCGCGCUCCUGGUGCUCCUGGCCUCGGUGCUCUGGGUCACCGUGCGGAGCCAGCAGAGAGGUUUGUUCCCUGCCAUUCUCAACCUGGCCACCAAUGCCCACAUCAGCACCAACGCUACCUGUGGAGAGAAGGGGCCUGAGAUGUUCUGCAAACUCGUGGAACAUGUGCCAGGCCGGCCUGUUCGACAUGCCCAAUGCCGGGUCUGUGAUGGUAACAGUAUGAAUCCUAGAGAGCGCCACCCAAUAUCGCACGCAAUAGAUGGCACCAAUAACUGGUGGCAGAGCCCCAGUAUUCAGAAUGGAAGAGAGUAUCACUGGGUCACCAUCACCCUGGACUUACGGCAGGUCUUUCAAGUUGCGUAUAUCAUCAUUAAAGCCGCCAAUGCCCCUCGGCCUGGAAACUGGAUUUUGGAGCGCUCUGUGGAUGGUGUCAAGUUCAAACCCUGGCAGUACUAUGCAGUCAGUGAUACAGAGUGUUUGACACGCUACAAAAUAACUCCACGGCGGGGACCUCCCACUUACAGAGCUGACAACGAAGUCAUCUGUACCUCGUAUUAUUCUAAGCUGGUGCCACUUGAACAUGGAGAGAUUCACACAUCACUUAUCAAUGGCAGACCCAGCGCUGAUGACCCCUCACCCAAGUUGCUGGAAUUCACCUCAGCACGGUACAUACGCCUCCGUCUGCAGCGCAUCAGAACACUCAACGCAGACCUAAUGACCCUCAGCCAUCGGGAUCUCAGAGACCUUGACCCUAUUGUCACAAGACGUUAUUACUAUUCGAUAAAAGACAUAUCCGUUGGAGGCAUGUGCAUUUGCUACGGCCACGCUAGCAGCUGCCCAUGGGACGAAGAAGCAAAGCAACUACAGUGUCAGUGUGAACAUAAUACGUGUGGUGAGAGCUGUGACAGGUGCUGUCCCGGUUACCAUCAGCAGCCCUGGAGGCCCGGAACCAUUUCCUCCGGUAACGAGUGUGAGGAAUGCAACUGUCACAACAAAGCCAAAGACUGUUACUAUGACAACAAUGUUGCAAAGGAGAGGAGAAGCCUUAACAUUGCGGGGCAGUACAGCGGAGGAGGGGUUUGUAUCAACUGCUCACAGAACACCACAGGGAUCAACUGUGAAACCUGUAUCGACCAGUAUUACAGACCUCACAAAGUAUCUCCUUACGAGGACCAGCCUUGCCGUCCCUGUGACUGUGACCCUGUGGGAUCUCUGAGUCCUGUCUGUAUCAAGGAUGACCUCCAUGCCGACUUAGCCAAUGGGAAGUGGCCAGGUCAGUGUCCAUGUAGGAAAGGUUAUGCAGGAGACAAAUGUGACCGCUGCCAGUUUGGCUACCGGGGUUUCCCGAAUUGCGUCCCCUGUGGCUGCAGCACUGUUGGCAGUCUGAACGAGGACCCGUGCACAGAGCCAUGUGUUUGUAAGAAAAAUGUCGAGGGAAAGAACUGUGAUCGCUGUAAGCCAGGAUUCUAUAACUUGAAGGAACGAAACCCCGAGGGCUGCUCCGAGUGCUUCUGCUUCGGUGUCUCUGAUGUCUGCGACAGCCUCACGUGGUCCAUCAGUCAGGUGACCAAUAUGUCAGGGUGGCUGGUCACUGACUUGAUCAGCCCAAAUAAGAUCCGAUCUCAGCAGGAUGCCCUGGGUGGGCACCGUCAGAUCAGCAUCAACAACACGGCAGUCAUGCAAAGACUUACUUCCACUUACUACUGGGCAGCUCCUGAGGUCUACCUUGGAAACAAGCUGACAGCAUUUGGCGGAUUCCUGAAAUACACAGUGUCUUAUGACAUCCCCGUGGAGACGGUGGACAGUAACCUCAUGUCUCAUGCUGAUGUCAUUAUCAAGGGAAAUGGGCUCACUGUCAGCACAAGGGCUGAGGGCCUGUCCUUGCAACCCUAUGAGGAAUACUUCAACGUGGUGAGACUUGUGCCUGAGAACUUCCGGGACUUUAGUACCAGAAGGGAGAUUGACCGUGACCAGCUGAUGACUGUCUUGGCCAAUGUGACACAGCUCUUGAUCAGAGCCAACUAUAAUUCUGCUAAAAUGGCACUCUAUAGGUUGGAUUCUGUCUCUCUGGACAUAGCAAGCCCUAAUGCUAUUGACCUGGCAGUAGCUGCUGACGUAGAACACUGCGAAUGUCCCCAAGGCUACACGGGGACCUCCUGUGAGGCCUGCCUGCCCGGCUAUUACCGAGUAAAUGGGAUACUCUUUGGAGGAAUCUGUCAGCCCUGUGAAUGCCACGGCCACUCAUUCGAGUGUGACAUUCAUGGAAUUUGCUCUUGGGCAGUGGCUCUCUACCUCAGCUCUGACUUGGUAGACGCCAAACUCAUCUGUGUCUUCAGAUGUGCAGACGGUUACUAUGGAAACCCAACAGUGCCAGGGGGAUCUUGUGUACCAUGCAACUGCAGUGGCAAUGUCGAUCCCCUGGAGGCUGGCCACUGUGACUCUGUCACAGGAGAAUGCCUGAAGUGUUUGUGGAACACAGACGGUGCCCAUUGUGAGAGAUGUGCAGAUGGCUUCUAUGGAGACGCCGUGACUGCCAAAAACUGCCGAGCCUGUGACUGCCAUGCGAACGGCUCCCUUUCUGGGGUCUGCCACCUGGAAACUGGACUGUGUGACUGCAAACCUCACGUGACAGGACAACAGUGUGACCAAUGCCUGUCUGGCUAUUAUGGGUUGGACACAGGGCUUGGCUGUGUACCCUGUAACUGCAGUGUGGAAGGCUCCAUAUCUGACAACUGCACAGAGGAAGGACAGUGUCACUGUGUACCAGGUGUCUCUGGAAAACAGUGCGACAGGUGUUUACAUGGCUUCUAUGCAUUCCAGGAUGGUGGCUGCACACCCUGUGAUUGUGCUCAUACUCAGAAUAACUGUGACCCCGAUUCUGGAGAGUGUCUCUGCCCCCCGCAUACUCAGGGUCUGAAGUGUGAGGAAUGUGAAGAGGCAUUCUGGGGUCUGGACCCGGAGCAGGGAUGCCAGGCUUGCAACUGCAGUGCUGUGGGCUCCACAAGUCCCCAGUGUGAUGUUCUCUCUGGCCACUGUCCCUGCAAAGAAGGGUUUGGUGGGCAGAGCUGCCAUCAGUGCUCUUUGGGCUACAGAAGUUUUCCUGACUGUGUUCCCUGUGACUGUGAUCUGAGGGGAACACUGGCUGACACUUGUGACCCGGAACAGGGUCUCUGCAGCUGCUCAGAGGAUGGUGGCACCUGCUCCUGCAAGGAGAAUGUCCUGGGACCCCAGUGCGAUAAGUGCCGAGUUGGCACCUUUGCCUUGCGAGAGGACAACCCUCUAGGCUGCAGCCCCUGCUUCUGCUUUGGUCUAUCGCAGAUCUGCUCGGAGCUGAAGGGUUAUGUGAGGGCUCCGGUAAGUCACAUACAUAGAAUGAAAGAGUUUCAGCCCUCUUGCCUUUGGGAGUCAGGUGGGCACUGGGAGAGAACAAGGACAUCAGAAAUUCUAAGACAGNNNAUCUAUGCAGAGCCAUUUUACUGGCGGCUACCAAAGCAGUUCCAGGGAGAUCAGCUCUUGGCCUAUGGUGGGAAACUGCAGUACAGUGUGGCUUUCUACUCUACCGUUGGCACCGGAACAUCCAAUUAUGAGCCUCAAGUCCUAAUCAAAGGAGGUCGGGCCAGGAAGCACAUCAUUUAUAUGGAUGCCCCAGCGCCAGAGAAUGGAGUGAGACAGAAUUACGAAGUGGGGAUGAAAGAGGAGUUUUGGAAAUAUUUCAACUCUGUGUCUGAGAAACAUGUCACGCACUCUGAUUUUAUGUCCGUCCUUAGCAAUAUUGAGUACAUUCUCAUCAAAGCAUCAUACGGCCAAGGACUGCAGCAAAGCAGAAUUGCUAACAUCUCAAUGGAGGUUGGCAGGAAGGCUGUAGAGGCACCCCCUGAGGGCGAAGCUGCCUCGAUGUUGGAGCUCUGUGUCUGUCCUCCUGGCACUGCUGGACACUCCUGUCAGGACUGUGCUCCUGGGUACCACAGAGGAAAGCUCCCAGGAAGUAGUGGCAGGGGACCCCGCCCUCUGCUGGCUCCUUGUGUGCCCUGCACUUGCAACAACCACAGCAAUGUCUGCGACCCUGAAACUGGAAAGUGUCUGAACUGCGGGGACCACACAACCGGGGACCACUGCGAGCUAUGCGCUCCUGGCUACUAUGGGAAGGUGACUGGGCUGGCGGGAGACUGUACCCCGUGCACCUGUCCUCAUCACCCCCCUUUCAGUUUCAGCCCCACUUGUGUCUCGGAAGGUGACAGUGGUUUCCGGUGCAAUGCCUGCCUCCCCGGCUAUGAGGGACAGCACUGUGAAAGGUGCUCUGCUGGCUAUCACGGCAACCCUGGAGCAGCAGGUGGCAGCUGCCGGAAGUGUGAUUGCAACCCCCAAGGCUCUGUCCACAGUGACUGUGACCGUGCAUCUGGGCAGUGUGUCUGCAAGCCAGGAGCUACGGGGCUCCGCUGUGAGGAAUGCCUGCCGAGACACAUCCUGAUGGAGAGCGACUGUGUUUCCUGUGAUGAUGAGUGUGUAGGUGCUUUGCUGAACGACCUGGAUUCUGUUGGCGAUGCCGUUCUGUCUCUGAACCUCACGGGCGUUUCCCCUGCUCCCUAUGGGAUUCUGGAAAAUCUGGAAAAUACAACUAAAUAUUUCCAGAGGUAUUUAUUAAAGGAAAAUGCCAAGAAGAUUCAAGCAGAAAUCCAGCUCGAAGGUAUCACAGAACAGACGAAAAAUCUGCAAAAGGAGCUCACUAGAGUGUUAAGAGGCCAUCAGCAGGUGAACGCAGCAAUAGAAAGAACUUCCAAUAGGAGUCAAGCCCUGGCCUCAUUCAUCGAGCAGCUGCACGCAAACAUCCAAGAAAUCACAGAGAAGGUGGCAACAUUGAAUCAGACCACACAUGAAGAUUUCCAGCCACCUGUUUCUGCUCUUCAGAGCAUGCACCAGAACAUUUCAUCUCUGCUGGGACUUAUAAAGAAAAGAAAUUUCACAGAGAUGCAGCAGAAUGCCACCCUUGAACUCAAGGCCGCCAAAGACUUAUUGUCACGGAUUCAGAAAAAGUUUCAGAAGCCUCAAGAAAAGUUGAAGGCAUUGAAGGAGGCCAGCAGACUCCUCUCAAACCACAGUGAGGAACUGAAGGCUGCAGAGGAACUCCUGAGGGAAGCUGGGAGCAAGACCCAGGAAAGCAACCUCCUGCUGCUCCUUGUCAAGGCCGACCUGAAAGAAUUCAGGGAGAAAAAGCUGCAUGUUCAAGGAGAACAAAAUCUGACCUCAACGCUCAUUGCCAAAGGAAGAGAAUGGGUGGAUGCUGCCAGGACUCAUGCAGCAGAUGCAGAAGACACCCUAAUGCGGCUGGAGCGUCACCGAGACGAGCUCCUUUUGUGGGCCAGUAAACUCAGGAGCCAUGUAGAUGACCUUGUCAUGCAGAUGUCCAAACGAAGAGCCCGUGACCUUGUCCACAGAGCAGAGCAGCAUGCCUCUGAGCUGCAGAGCAGGGCAGGAGCUUUGGACAGAGACCUUGAAAAUGUUAGAAACGUGUCAUUGAAUGCCACCAGCGCAGCACAUGUCCACACCAACAUCCAGACACUGACGGAGGAAGCAGAGAGGCUGGCUGUGGAUGCCCACAAGACAGCAAAUAAGACAAGCUUGAUCUCUGCAUCCCUGGCUUCUCGGGGGAAAGCAGUCCUUCAGCGCUCGUCCAGGUUUCUAAAAGAAAGUGUCAGUACCAGGAAGAAGCAGCAAGGCAUUAAGCUGAAGCUGGAUGAGUUGAAAAGUUUGAUGAGUCAAUUUCAGGAAAAUGUGGAUAACAUUACAAAGCAGGCCAACGACUCCCUCAUGACACUAAGAGAAAGCCCUGGAGAUAUGAGAGAGAAGGGCAGGAAAGCCAGAGAGCUGGCAGCAGCAGCCAAUGAGAGUGCGGUGAAGACACUGGAGGACGUGCUGGGUUUGAGCCUAAGGGUCUUCAACACAUCAGAGGACCUGUCCAGAGUAAAUGCCACAGUCCAGGAGACAAAGGACCUUCUGCGUAACUCCACAAUGACUACUCUGUUGGCUAGGAGAAAAAUGAAAGACAUGGAAACACAAGCCAACCUUUUAUUCGACCGAUUGAAGCCUUUGAAAACACUGGAAGAAAACCUGAGCAGAAACCUGUCAGAGAUCAAGUUGCUGAUCAGCCGGGCCCGGAAACAGGCAGCUUCGAUCAAAGUUGCCGUGUCUGCAGACAGAGACUGCGUCCGCGCCUACCAGCCUCAGAUUUCUUCUACCAAUUACAACACCUUGAUACUGAACGUUAAGACGCAGGAACCCGACAACCUUCUCUUCUACCUUGGCAGCAGCAGCAGUAGUGAUUUUCUCGCAGUAGAGAUGCGGCGGGGAAAAGUAGCCUUUCUCUGGGAUCUGGGCUCCGGGUCCACAAGGUUGGAAUUCCCAGAUGUCUCCAUCAAUAACAACAGAUGGCACAGCAUCUACAUAACCAGGUUUGGAAACAUGGGGUCCCUGAGUGUAAAGGAAGCAAGCGCAGCCGAGAACCCACCAGUCAGGACAACCAAAUCUCCCGGACCGGCGAAUGUUCUGGACAUAAACAACUCAACACUAAUGUUUGUUGGAGGGCUUGGAGGUCAAAUCAAGAAAUCCCCGGCUGUGAAGGUUACUCAUUUUAAGGGCUGCAUGGGAGAGGCCUUCUUGAACGGCAAAUCUAUUGGCCUGUGGAAUUACAUCGAAAGAGAGGGAAAGUGCAAUGGCUGCUUUGGAAGCUCCCAGAAUGAAGACUCUUCCUUCCAUUUCGAUGGAAGCGGGUAUGCAGUUGUGGAGAAGACGCUCCGGCCCACCGUGACGCAGAUAAUAAUUCUCUUCAGCACCUUCUCCCCGAAUGGGCUUCUUUUCUACCUGGCUUCAAAUGGCACCAAGGACUUCCUGUCCAUCGAGCUGGUCCGUGGCAGGGUUAAAGUGAUGGUGGACCUGGGGUCAGGACCCCUCACUCUUAUGACAGACAGGCGGUAUAACAAUGGAACCUGGUAUAAGAUCGCCUUCCAGCGGAACCGGAAGCAAGGACUGCUAGCUGUCUUCGAUGCAUAUGACACAAGUGACAAGGAGACAAAGCAAGGAGAAACUCCAGGAGCUGCUUCCGACCUUAAUCGGCUGGAGAAAGACCUGAUUUACGUGGGUGGAUUACCUCACUCUAAGGCUGUGAGGAAAGGGGUCAGCAGCAGAAGCUAUGUAGGCUGUAUCAAGAACCUGGAGAUAUCCAGGUCCACCUUUGAUUUGCUGAGAAAUUCCUAUGGAGUGAGAAAAGGCUGUGCACUGGAGCCUAUCCAGAGUGUGAGUUUCCUGAAAGGUGGCUAUCUAGAGAUGCCACCCAAGUCUCUAUCACCAGAGUCAUCCCUGCUGGCCACAUUUGUCACCAAGAACAGCAGUGGAAUCAUCCUGGUUGCCCUUGGCAAGGACGCGGAGAAGGCUGGUGGUUCUCAGGCACAUGUGCCCUUCUUUUCCAUCAUGCUGAUUGAAGGCCGCAUUGAAGUACAUGUCAAUUCUGGGGAUGGGACCAGUCUGAGGAAGGCCCUCCUGCAUGCUCCCACCGGCUCCUACAGUGAUGGACAAGAACAUUCCAUCUCCUUGGUUAGGAAUCGGAGAGUUAUCACCAUACAACUGGAUGAGAACAGUCCUGUAGAAAUGAAGUUGGGUCCAUUAACAGAAGGAAGGACAAUCAACAUAUCCAACCUGUACAUAGGGGGACUUCCUGAGGACAAGGGGACCCCGAUACUCAGGAUGCGGAAAUCAUUCCAUGGGUGUAUUAAAAACGUGGUCCUCGAUGCCCAACUUUUGGACUUCACCCAUGCAACUGGCUCUGAACAAGUAGAACUGGACACAUGCUUGCUGGCAGAAGAGCCCGUGCAGAGCCUGCACAGAGAACACGGGGAGCUCCCUCCAGAGCCCCCAACCCUACCACAGCCUGUAUUGUGCGCUGUUGACAUGGCUCCGGGGUAUGUGGCAGGUGCUCACCAGUUUGGCCUCUCGCAGAACAGCCACUUGGUGCUCCCUCUCAAUCAGUCUGACAUCCGGAAGAGGCUCCAGGUGCAGCUGAGGAUCCGGACAUUCGCCUCCAGUGGUCUCGUUUACUACGUGGCUCAUCAGAACCAAAUGGACUACGCCACACUCCAGCUCCAAGAGGGCCACCCGUACUUCAUGUUUGACCUCGGCAAGGGCCGAACCAAGGUCUCCCACCCUGCCCUCCUCAGUGAUGGCAAGUGGCACACGGUCAAGACGGAGUACAUCAAAAGAAAGGCGUUCAUGACCAUUGAUGGCCAAGAGUCCCCCAGUGUGACCGUGGUGGGCAAUGCAACCACACUGGAUGUGGAAGGGAAGCUGUACCUCGGAGGCCUUCCUGGUCACUACAAGGCCAGGAACAUUGGAACUAUCACUCACAGCAUCCCUGCCUGCAUUGGGGAAGUGACUGUUAACGGCCAACAGCUGGAUAAAGACAAGCCCGCGUCUGCCUUUGCUGUGGACAGGUGCUAUGCGGUAGCCCAGGAAGGAACUUUCUUUGAAGGAAGUGGAUAUGCAGCUCUUGUCAAGGAAGGCUACAAAGUUCGAUUGGAUUUAAAUAUCACACUGGAGUUCCGUACUUCCUCGAAGAAUGGCGUCCUCCUGGGAAUCAGCAGUGCCAAAGUGGAUGCCAUUGGCCUAGAGAUUGUAGAUGGCAAGGUCUUAUUUCACGUCAACAACGGUGCUGGAAGGAUAACAGCCACUUACGAGCCCAGGGCCACCAGAGCUCUCUGUGACGGGAGAUGGCACACGCUCCAAGCCCAAAAAAGCAAGCACCGCAUCGUCCUGACUGUGGAUGGGAAUGCCGUUAGGGCUGAAAGCCCCCACACCCACUCCACCUCGGCGGACACUAACGAUCCCAUCUAUGUGGGUGGCUACCCUGCCCACGUCAAACAGAACUGCCUGAGCAGCCGGGCCUCGUUCCGGGGCUGUGUGAGGAAUCUCAAGCUGAGUAGGGGCUCACAGGUGCAAUCCUUGGACUUGAGCAGAGCCUUUGACCUACAAGGGGUCUUCCCUCAUUCCUGCCCCGGGCCUGAGCCCUGA